AUGAAGCGUACUCGGAGGAAAAUAGUGAUGUUUAUAGUGUCGAGGAAGGUGAAAGAGGUGAUCCCCAUGUUUCUGAGGAGUCUGGUGGCCGGUGAUAAAAAUGCUGAUCCCUUGUCGUUGCCAUAUUGUGCAAGGACAAUUGACGUCAACAAAUUCAAUGGAAUGUUGGUGCACUAUACGGUUCUUCGUCAUGCGGUUCAUAAGGAGAAAAGCAAGAUGCGGUUCUUGGUGAAUGACAAGCCCGUGUGUUUUGACUUGAAUGAGUUUGCUUUGAUCACUGGUCUAAAUUGUGGAUCAUAUCCCAGCCGAACUAGAGAGGAAAGGGCAGUUAAGAGAGGGGCAGCAUUUUGCACAAAAGCUUGUCGCGAUAGAAAGAUUUGUGCAGAAAAGCUGUUGGCGGUGAUCAGAGGGCCUAGGCUGACCAAAGAAGAAAAGCUCAAAUGUUGUCUAGUGUGGUUUAUGCAUACAAUAGUGCUUGCCAAAGAUGUGUCGAGGGGUGUGGAUCACGACACAAUAAAAAUGGCAGACGAUUUGGAGUUCUUCAGUAGCUAUCCUUGGGGAACGGAAUCAUUUGAACUCACUCUGGACUACUUGAAGAACAAGAUAGACAUUCCCAAGCACCACCAAGAGCACGCGGAGAAAAGGGUUGCAUCAUAUGCUCUCUAUGGAUUCCCCUGGGCAUUCAUGGUCUGGGCAUAUGAAGCUUUUCCUGCAGUUGGAAGGAAUGCUAGGAAAUCAGAGGAGGUUCCUCUCCCUAUUCCUAGGAUUCUUAGGUGGCACAUGAAGAAAAUGGAGCGAUUCGUAAAAGGAGAUCCAUUUAAGAGAGCUGGAGUUAUCGAGCGUGAGUUGGAGCAGGAUUACAUGAAAAAUCUGUUGCCAUAUGAUGAUGAAAUUAAUGACCCAAUCAUUGAUGAGUUAGAGCGUGAACUUGAAGGCGUGACUGUUUUGAUUACACCAAAAAAUUCCUCGAAGGCUUCUAGUAGGAAGGGGAAGAAGUCCAUGGAGCAUUUUGAUGAGGACUAUACUCAAGAGGCCGAGGAUAAUCAUUCGGAAGAUCUUAGUGGUAAUUCAACCGCAAAAGAUAAUGUUGGUGUUGGGACAUCUAUGGGUCAUGCUGCACCAAGAGGGCAAGUGGAGCAUGAGCAAAUGAAGCAGUGUGUAGAGAAGAUUGGGGAGUCUUUGAAGGUUGUUGUCGCUUAUGUUGAGGGGGAAAGAAUUAGAAAGAGCGAGAAGGCGAAGAAGAAGAAGAAGAAGAAGGAGACUCUCAAUGAAGUUGCUGGUGAGGUUGAGGUUGAUGUUGAUCAGCCAAUUGCUCGACAUGUUAAUUUGCCAAAAGCUCAAGAUGUCCAUGUGCCAAUUGAGAAGGAGUCUGCUACUGAAGUUGCGAAUGAAAAAGAAGUCCCUGCUGCUGAAGUCGAGAUCCCUGCAGCUGAAGGAGAGAAGGAAAAAGAAGUCCCUGCUGCUGAAGUUGAGGUAGAAAAAGAAGUCCCCAGUGAUGAAGCUAAUGUUGAGUUUGACGCUGACAAAGCUGUGUCGACUAUUGUCGAGGAAAUUAAUGACUCCAUCAAGGAGUAA